AUGCAAACCUUAUCGUUCCGGUCCGCAACCGGACACUCUGGACGGGACAGUACCUGUGGAUCUAUGGGUCCUCUCUGUGAUAAUCUUAGCACUCACUGUCAAACAGGAGAACCCAAGACUCAAAAUGGGUUUCAGUCAUGGAAAGUUCUUGACCCGAAGAAAAGCAAUAGAGGAUAG